CCGGAGCAGAGAUGGCGGCGACGGCGGCCGAGGCUGCCGCCUCUGGCUCAGGAGAGCCCCGGGAAGAGGCUGAAAUCCCGAGCGCCGCCUGGGACGAGUCCCAGCUGCGAAGUUAUAGCUUCCCGACCCGGCCCAUCCCGCGUCUGAGUCAGAGCGACCCCCGGGCGGAGGAGCUCAUUGAGAACGAGGAGCCUGUGGUGCUCACAGACACAAAUCUUGUGUAUCCUGCUCUGAAGUGGGACCUUGACUACCUACAAGAGAAUAUUGGCAACGGAGAUUUCUCUGUGUACAGUGCCAGCACCCAUAAGUUCUUAUACUAUGAUGAGAAGAAGAUGGCUAAUUUCCAGAACUUUAAGCCGAGGUCCAACAGGGAAGAGAUGAAAUUUCAUGAGUUUGUGGAGAAGCUGCAGGACAUACAGCAGCGAGGAAGAGAAGAGAGGUUAUAUCUACAACAAACACUCAAUGACACCGUGGGCAAGAAGAUUGUCAUGGACUUCUUGGGUUUUAACUGGAACUGGAUUAAUAAACAACAGGGAAAGCGUGGCUGGGGACAGCUGACCUCUAACUUGCUGCUAAUCGGCAUGGAAGGAAAUGUGACACCUGCUCACUAUGAUGAGCAACAGAACUUCUUUGCUCAGAUAAAAGGCCACAAGCGAUGCAUCUUAUUUCCUCCAGAUCAGUUUGAGUGCCUCUAUCCAUACCCUGUCCAUCACCCGUGUGACAGACAGAGCCAGGUGGACUUUGACAAUCCUGACUAUGAGAGGUUCCCCAAUUUCCAAAAUGUGGUUGGUUAUGAAACAGUGGUUGGCCCUGGUGAUGUUCUUUACAUCCCAAUGUACUGGUGGCACCAUAUAGAGUCUUUACUGAAUGGGGGGAUUACCAUCACUGUGAACUUCUGGUAUAAGGGGGCUCCCACCCCUAAGAGAAUUGAAUAUCCUCUCAAAGCUCAUCAGAAAGUGGCUAUCAUGAGAAACAUUGAGAAGAUGCUUGGAGAGGCCUUGGGGAACCCACAAGAGGUGGGGCCCUUGUUGAACACAAUGAUCAAGGGCCGUUACAACUAGCUGCCAGGGAUCGAGGCCUCCUGCCAGGUGACUGCUAUCCCGUCCACACGCUUUGUUGAUGAGGACAGGAGACUCCAAGCACUAGUAUUGCACGCUGCACUUAAUGGACUGGACUCUUGCCAUGGCCCUGGAGGCAGGUGUUUGGGACGAGGCAGGGUGGUUGGCGCUCCACUCCCAUUUGGAAGGACUUCUCACCAUUGCCUCUUAUGCUCCAGCACCUUCUGUCUCUGCACCUAAAGUCCUGAUUCAGUGUGUGGAGUCCUGGCUUCUGGUUGUCAUCAUGUCUUUCUGUUAGUCUGUCAACCUCAGGGUGCACGCGUGCGUGUAUGUAUAUGUGUGUAUGCACACAUGUAUGUAUCUGAUUCUUGUUCCCUCCCUCUGAGUCAGGUUGUGACUUCUGGCUCUCAGCCGUAUCUCCUGAAGCCUCAGUGCCUCAGCCUGAGACAGGAGAUGCUCCUGAAUCCCCUCUGCAACUGGACUGGGGGGACCAAAGUCUGCCCAUAAAUCGGUCUGCCUUCUGCCAGUUUUUGCAGCAUAGUUGGGCUCGGCCAGGUAGGAACAGUGCUGGGACUCUAAUGGGGAAAUUGGGUAGGAGGCUUGUCUUAGGGAGCAUGGAUAGCCUUCUAGUGGGAGAGGAUUAGAUAGGGUUCCAUUUGGGACCUACAAACUCAAGCCAUACAUAGAGAGGAACCAUGGGACAUAAGACCCAAGUAUUGUGCAAAUGUUCCAAAUUACAGACACAUGCAGCAUUUCUCUUUCAGCACCAGCUCUUGCCCAUGUGCUAGGUGUUAAGGGAGUUAUCCUGGCUCUGGUUCUUCAGGCUGCGAGGGUAUACAUCUCUCUAUGUGUGUGCACUUGUUUGCGCACUUGUAUGUGUGUGUCCGUCCUCACUGGCCAACCUCCCUGCUUAUCUUGUCUGGUGUGACAACACAUUGUGAGUCACAGAUACUGCCUGAUUUAGCCUACGGCUUUUAAACUUGGAUUUUAGCCAUCCUAUGUUGGUCAAGUCUCACUGAAGUCUACUUGAGGCUGACUGGCAACUCCCCUUCCUGUUCAGGCUACAUCCCCUUCUGCUGCUGGGCUUCCUGAGUAGAUGCAACAGGAUCAGGCUAAGGCAGCUAACUCAUUACCUUUCAUCCACCUCAGGGCAAGGGCAAAAGUGUGCUCUUGCCUUUUAAAGCCAGCGCCUCUGCCAAACCUGCUGUAAUGUCCCAUGACACUCCCAGUGGGGCAGCUAGCUGGUAGAGCAUGGAAGUAGAAUUUCCUAUUCUGUCAGUAGCUACUCAUGGGAACCCUCAUCAGAGCUGCAGCCUACCGCUGGGCAGCUCAGUGUUGCACAACUCAAAGGGUCAUUGUUCACAUAUAUUCAGAGGAAAUGGGGCCCGUGGAAUUGGGUGGAGUGGUGGUCCUGUGUCCACUUUCUCCAGUCCCUUCUCCCCCUCCUCUAUCAUCAUCCUCUAAAGUCUGAGUGGUAGUCUGGUUUUAUUCACAUACAUAACUCCUUUUUUUUUGUUGUGUUUUUGGUUUGUUUGUUUUUUUGCCAAAGGUUUACUACCAAUACCUGAGUUACGGCUCUUACCCCUGAAGCUAGCUCACUUUACAGUGCCCUGAUGGACUGAGAAGAUGUGCAUAUAUGCUUGUGUACACCUGUGCAUGUAUUUUGCAGAGGAGUGUAUAUUUUAAUACCCUAUUCUGGGUUCUAAUGCAAUGUGGGUGUGCAGACAGUACCUUCUAAAGUAUAGCUCUUCAAAUACAGCCAAUGCUGAAAAAUGUGAUUGCAGUGAACUCCAUGCUUCCAUCUCUUUUCUUGAAAAAAAGAAAUGCAGCAAAGAGAGCAAGGCAAAUGGAGGCUGAACAGCCCAUUUACACUGGAAUGAUAGAUUAUUUUCAUUCUCAGCAGAUCUCUUGCAUUUGUGGCUCUGCCCUCAGAGAUGUGGGUGAAGUGCACCAGGGAGCCUGGUGCCACUUGACUGAUCACAAGUGUCCUGCGCUGACACAGGUCAGGCCUAGGAUGGCUGAGGGGGAGGAGAGAGAAGAGCAACUUCAGUAGGCAAGUGCUCUGCGGCUGGGUUCUAGAGAAGGCUAAUGUUCGUCUUCACAGGAGUGCUUCUGGCCCUUGGGUAAGGUAGUAGCCACCCUUAAUUUUUAGAUGCCUAAUCUGUGCCUAUUGCUUUUGUAAAAUGUGUUCUUCACAACCCUACAAGGUAGGCUUCUCACUUUUCAGAUGAAGAAAUUGGCUUAAAGCAAUUAAGUGAAUAGCGGCAAUCAAGAUUCAAAACUAAUGCUGUUCGGCUGCAAGCCCUCUGUUUCUAUUUACACCAAACUCUAUUGACUCUCCACCCUGCCUCUCUCCCCUGGAACCACACAUGCCCUGCCCUAAGAGCUAACCCAUGUGGCAGUGUCUGUAGGCAUGCCUAGCCCAUGAGGGUGCAGUUCAGGGUGAAAGCCCUUCUGGGCUCCAGCUAGAGACGGGGGAAACUGUGAAGACACAUUACAAGCAGAGGGCUUAGAGGAUCUGUGGAAGGCUGAGCUGUAGAUCCUGGGGCUUUAUUAUGUGGCCUUGAAGGGGUCCUCAUAACUCCUCCAAACAUGCAUGUGCAUCCAGUAGAAGUUAUAUUUCUAGAUGCUUACUCACUUGAUUCAGGCUCUUGCUGUACCCUCCAAGGAUGAGAGGAAUGCUCUUACCUUCACUUACCUAGGUUUGGCUUGCAACAGAGGAAACAUUGCAUUUACCCCAUUCUAGCCGGUAGCAUGGGAGGCAGACAUGAGAAGGGAAGGUAGAGACUUGGCCAACUUAUGUAGAGGUCAACCAUGUUGCAUGAUCCUGUUUUCAUAUUAGCAGUACAGUGAGGAUUACUGUUUUGUGAAAUCAAAUAUUUGCUGGAGGGUUGGAGUUACAGGGUGGAGGAGGAGCUGUUCUGGGCAUCAGUUGAGCAGAUGCCCAGGAUGCCUGGGGGAGACCAGCUUCCCCUACAAAUCAGAGCUCUAAAUUACAAGGUUUUUACCAACGUGAACAGUUGGGGGAAGUCGUAUGCUCUCAUUUGCGUAAUGGUUUCUGUCACUGGUGAUUAGACACAGGAUGAAGGAAAAGAAAUUUGACAAUUAGGAAUGAGCCAUCAUUAAUCUGAAUCUGUUAGGAGACAGAGAGGGGAAGGAUCCUUAGCAGUGGGCCAGCCCAGUGUGGGGAGACACUCCCUUUCUGACGGCCAGUGUCUUCUGAGCCCACUACCCUCUGGAGUUCCAGCAAGUAGGUGGGGCUUGUUCUUCGCAGAUCACAGGGCCAGUCCCCUGCCCGAGGUGGAUAUAGAAACACAUCUUUGGUCAGGAGCCAGCAAAGAUGGAGAUAGAUGAGUGUCAAAUACAAGCCUGAGGGCAAAGAAUAACAAUAGGAGAGAUGUGACAUGUGCUUUCUAUUAGGGAAAUGUUUCUGUAAUCGUCAACACUGUUGAUUCCCUACCUGUGAUAAGUAUUUGUCACGUUCCAGCACUGCAGGAUGUGAAGGAAGCAUAGGUCUUACCAGACCCCGGGGAGCUUGGAGAGGAAGCGUGCAAGAGUAACAUCUCAUCUGGGCUGGUGAGGAAGAUGACUGGUGCUGGUGGGCAAGUGUGCACUGCUCUUUCCAGGCUCCUCUGAAUUCUGGGGUCAGGCAGGGACCUGUCCUCCAGGCUUCCAUCAGUGCUGCCAUGGCUGUAUAGGGCACGGAGGACCCUGGCCCAGACCUGUGAGCCAGUGAUAAGGCCAGUAGGCUGAGUCUUCAAGGUAUGGCAAACCAAGCUUAGAUUAUCCCAUGUCUGAGUUACCUCACCACUUACCCCUCUGUCUCUUCAGACUUGAAGAACUGUUGCACCAAGUAUUUGUUUCUGAAUUUUGUGGUUUGAUCCUUAGAUCCCAGGCUCCCUCAGGAGGAGGGAUGAGGGGCCUUUUCUCCUUUUAUAAUGUGAACUUUUCAAGGAUGGUGCUGUUUCACUCCCUGGAAAGUUCUCUACCUCUGAUUCUUCAACCCUUCAAAACCUUGGUGCAGAAUUUAGCAAGGGCUGCAGGCAGUGACCCCCUGCCCCCAUGACCAGUUUUACCUAGAUGGGAUAUGCACGGAAGUAGCUUAGGGUUCUAGAGGGUCUGCCCUUUUCAGUGGACACCCUCACCUUGAAAACCUCCAGCUACUUGUCUUACAGCUCCUGCCCACUUGCUGUUGUCUUACACUGCCUGCUCUAAAAAGAUUUUUCAGUUUCCCCUUGUCCAGACUCUAUGGUGGCCCUGUCAAAAAGGUCCCUGCCCCAUUGGAUAGCUUGGUUUUAUGAGAACUACUCUCUGGGAUCUCCCCUGUUCUUCAUCUCCUGCUUGACCUCAAGUAGGUCUCUUGCUUUACCCUGAUCAGUCUGUGUUCUGUCUGCUCUGUCCUCUUGCCGUUCCUUUGUUGUCUCUACGUGGAAUAGUUCCCUUUGGCUCAAACAGCCCUUUCCAUUUAUCUUUUAGCCAGCUCUGUUUAGUCUUAGGUCAUAAUGACCUGAAUGGAGCCCUGGUGAACACUUUGGGUGUAUUUCUGGGUGGACAAAGGCUCAGAAACUGGCAUUCUCAAGGCCCAUGGGCCUAUGACUGGUGAGGCCUCAGAUGGGUUGUGGAGAGACCUAGAGUUGUAAAGUGAGUUAGUGAGGAGACUGCAAGAAGGGACAUGGGCUUCGUCAACCAGAGUGGAGGAGCUGGCCUUUGUGUUCCAUCUAAACCUGUCUUGGUACCAUCAGGUCCAGUAGUUUACAAAUGAGGUUCAUUUCCUAAACGUCCCCUAAUUUCUCUCAGGUCUUUGCCUCCAUGUUACCAGGUAACACCUCUGCAUUCCAGAAGCUGCUGGAAUGGAAGCAGCAUAUUGAAUGAUCUGGUGUCAGGAGUGGCGACCUCAGAUGAGAAAGGCUCUGGAUGGAAGGGAAAUGGAAAAGGUCCCAGUGGUCAGCUUAUAUCCAGACUCUUCCCAUUCCUACAAAAGUACAAAAACAAAUUCUACUAAAAGUAUAAGAACUAACUCAAGUUUAAAAAAGAAAACUGCCUCCUCCCUUCUGGUCUCAUUGUGCUCAGCAGUGUGUAUUCAUUAACUUCUAGAGGUAAUGGCAUAGUGUUUAAAGGCAUGAGUUUUAGAGUGUAUCUUCAGUUCACUAGUUUUGCUAUUUACCAGCUGGGUUUGAUCUUGGUUAAUUUCCCUUCACCUGUCUGAGCCUCAGUUUCCUUAACUAUUAUCACAUGUGGGGUGGGGGACAGGGAAUUAUCUACCUCAGGGUUGUUGGAUUAACUGAAACAGUGUCUGUAAAGCUUUAGCACAGUGCCUGGCAAGCACUUAAUAAAUGGCUGUGGUGGUGG